UCGUGGUGGUAUUUUAUUUAUCAUCAAAAACCAAUCAGAAUCAUCCCGCAGUUAGAAACAAUCAGUGCAUUAGUUUGAUUUUAAACGGAGUAAGAGCGUGAGCUGUUCGGUGGUCAAUGGAUAAUCGCGAGUGUACGGGAAGGUGCUAAUAUCAGUAGAGUAAUUGUGUUCCGGGAUUACGGUCAUUGAAAAAUAUUUCAGUGGCUGAUAUUGUAUGUAUGAUUCGAGGGCACGUAGGCCAGUGUGAGUGCGUCGAGCAUCCAAGUGGAAAAUAAUAUCCAAAUCGAAAGAAUUUUGUGUCGGUCGAACUUUGGCCUGUUGGCCGAUAUUCUAUUCCGGGUUUUGCUCACGAUUCGGGGCCGAAUGUAAACAAAGUGAAUUUGGUUGGAGAUCGUGCGGAGCUGGAUUUGUUUUGAAGUGAAUGUAAUUAAAGCGUGUUGCCGGUUUGGUGGUUUUAUUCUAGAAUUUGCCAUUCUGUUUUGUCCGAAUCGCAGAAGGCUUUUAGUGACCAGUGAAAAACAUCAUCCAAGAAAAGUGUGCUCUGUUUUGGCGAGGAAAGUCAAGUGCAGUGUUCUGCUUCAGAAGAGUCUAGUGCCUAAGGCACUCGAGUGGAAAAGUUUUUAUUGCGAUAGAAGAAUUUAAAACUUGCAGUAGAAGGUUGCGUUGAAACGCUUCGCUUGAAAAUGAGCACAGAAGCGGAACUACGGCGGCGAAACAUCGGUGAGGGAGAUUCUUUGGGUGAAUCGCAACUCAAACCAGAGGACAUUAGCGCACAGGCCCCACAGGAAUCUACCACAGCAGAAAGUUCUGAUCAUGUCGAUUCCGAAGAGGAAAAGCUCCCCGAAGAAAAGUAUGUCGAAGAGAUGGCCAAAACGUUACCCCAGGGAACGGACAAAACCCCAGAAGUACUCGGGCAAGCACUCAGUGGAUUGCCAGACAGGUGGAAGAAUUGGGUGAUAAGAGGCAUCUUCACAUUCCUUAUGAUCAGCGGAUUUUGUCUUAUCAUCUAUUGUGGUCCACUGGCGCUUAUGAUAACGGCGCUACUGGUGCAGGUCAAAUGCUUUGAAGAAAUCAUUUCCAUCGGUUACUCAGUAUACCGGAUUCAUGGACUGCCAUGGUUCAGGAGUCUAUCUUGGUAUUUCCUCGUCACUUCCAACUACUUCUUCUACGGCGAAAAUCUGGUCGACUACUUCGGCGUUGCCGUCAAUCGAGUGGACUCCCUCCGUUUCUUGGUCAAAUAUCACCGCUUCCUGUCGUUCUGCUUGUACUGCAUUGGAUUCGUAUGGUUCGUGCUGUCACUGGUUAAGAAAUACUACAUGAAACAGUUCAGUCUGUUCGCAUGGACUCACGUGGCCCUGCUGAUUGUGGUCACCCAAAGCUACUUGAUCAUUCAGAAUAUUUUCGAGGGACUCAUCUGGUUCAUCGUGCCGGUGUCGAUGAUCGUCUGCAACGACGUGAUGGCGUACAUGUUUGGGUUCUUCUUCGGGCGGACACCGCUCAUCAAGCUUAGCCCCAAGAAGACCUGGGAGGGCUUCAUCGGAGGUGGAUUUGCAACGGUGCUUUUCGGAUUGCUGUUUUCAUACUGGCUUUGUCAGUUCCAGUACUUUGUCUGUCCGAUACAGUAUUCGGAGAGCGCUGGUCGGAUGACGAUCGAAUGUGAACCGAGCUAUCUAUUCCAGCCACAGGAAUACAACUUCCCUCUGUUCGGAGCGGUGCGAUCGGUCACAAUCUACCCAUUCAUGCUGCAUUCACUGUCCUUGAGUAUCUUUAGCUCCGUAAUUGGACCAUUCGGUGGAUUUUUCGCAUCUGGAUUUAAGCGAGCGUUCAAAAUCAAGGACUUCGGUGACAUGAUUCCUGGACAUGGUGGCAUCAUGGAUCGUUUCGAUUGCCAGUUCCUGAUGGCUACCUUCGUCAAUGUGUACAUCUCCAGUUUCAUCCGCUCGGCUUCACCACAAAAGCUGCUGAACAUGGUUUACAGUCUCAAACCGGAACAGCAGCUACAGUUGUUCAACCAACUGAAGGAGAGUCUUGAAGAGCGAAACAUUAUCAAUCAAUUGAAUUAAUUCUUCAAUUGACAUCAUUCAGUAGAGAUAGAGUAAACAAAGGCAGGGCGCAGCCGGAAUGUGACCGUACUGAUUAUAUUCACCCAACUAAAUGUCGACGAUCGACUCGAGUCACCCAGCAACCCCAAACCAGAAACAAGAUUCUUUAUUAGGAUUACCGGAUGGCACUCCAUCUCACAUAACCAUCACCAGGAGAACUAAAUAAGUACUUGUUGAAUAGAUCAAUGUGUUUUGGAGUAGUAACUACUGGAUAUUUAAGAGAUAUGUUUAGCAUGACGUUGCUAUCUACGGUGAGAUUUUAUACGCUAAUAUCCUGGUUUAUUUAUUGGCAUCGCAUUUUUAAUACCUAUUAUCUUUUGAGUUGAUAUAAUGCGUUAUUUGUUUCGGCGGUUGAAAAGAUUACUUUCAAAUAAAAGGUGUGGUUUCAUAAUAAGAUCGCAUUCGGAUGAAUAACAAACGCCAAAUUCAGCCUAGUUGUCUUCUACAUUCCGAUGGUACCGUAGGAAACAAAAUAGAUGACUUCUUUUAGUUCAUGCUCUAUUGCGAGGCGUGUUCAACCAUAUCCGUCGUAAGUCAUCAGCACCCAAUGGGUUGCGAACAACGAUACGGAUGUGGUAAUGCUAAGAGUGCAAUUUUAUGUCACUAGCCUUAUUCUGUUACCUUUAAUUGAUUGUUUUUAUUUAAGUAACUUUAAGAGAGUAUUUUCCAACCGUUCACUAUUUCGGCUGGGUAUUAGAGCUUUAUAAUUCUUCAAUAUGUAUAAACAGACGGUUCUAGGCUAUUAUUAAGUAUUUGACGUAAUUAGUUGCAUGUUUUUCAGGGCUGUAUCUGAUUUUAACACGCAUUUUAUGAUAUUACGAAAAAAACUUCUAUGCUUAGUCUCGAAACCACAUAAUUAUUUCGCAGAAAUCACCAACCAAACAUGCUCCCAACCAAUUUAUUUAAAAUUCAUUCAAUGGCUUUUUUUCUAUUAUUAUCACCUCUAGAUUACAAUUAACACUGUUCAUAUAAACCAAGAAAUAGAAUUUACGAUAUGUUAUGUGAUCUUCCCUGGACAUAAUUACCAAAAAAAAAAAAACAAAUAGUAAAAUUGAAGAGGAAUUAUUGUAGAGAAAAUUCCCAAACGUAAGCAUCUAUAUUUAAAAAUAUAUAUUUAAAUGUGAAUUCUGAACGUGACUGUUAACCAAACAUAAAUUUCAAGAAUAGAAUCGUCAGACCAUCAGAUUAAAAACAAAAAAAAACAGCUGGAAAUUUUGCGCUAUGAUACAUUGACAAAUGUGUAGUUAUUACUAUAAUAACUUUGCUUUCAGAAGCGAAGGAAUCACGCUAAACAUGGGAAAGGUGUUGAGAAAUGUAGUACAGGAAAAUAUUGUCUAGAACUUGACAUAAGAACGAUCUUUUGUAAUGGAAAUAGGUGCAUAGACUCAUGUCUAGUGUGUUGAUGGCUAUACUAAAUACCAACUGGUAGAUUGCAAUAACAGUACGAUAGAAAUCGACAAAGAAAUGAUACAUUUAGAUUUAAUAAACAGAACUCCCUAUUUGUAACUGUA